CAAAGCCAGAAAUCCUGACGUCUGACAGGCUCGCGAAUGGUAUGCUCCAGUGUGUGGCAGCGGGAUUCCCAGAGCCCACAAUAGAUUGGUAUUUUUGUACGGGAACAGAGCAAAGGUGUGCCGUUCCCGUCCCACCAGUGGAUGUACAGAUCCAGAACGCUUCUGUGUCACCAUUUGGAAAACUAGUGGUUCAGAGUUCCAUAGACUCCAGUGUCUUGCGGCACAACGGCACAGUGGAGUGUAAGGCCUACAACGAUGUGGGCAAGAGUUCCGCCUUCUUUAACUUUGCAUUUAAAGAGCAAAUCCAGCCCCACACCCUGUUCACACCACUGCUCAUUGGUUUUGUGAUCACAGCUGGCUUGAUGGGCAUUAUUGUGAUGGUUCUCGCCUACAAAUAUUUACAGAAACCCAUGUAUGAAGUACAAUGGAAGGUUGUCGAGGAGAUAAAUGGAAACAAUUAUGUUUACAUAGACCCAACACAACUUCCUUAUGAUCACAAAUGGGAGUUUCCCAGAAACAGACUGAGUUUUGGGAAGACGUUGGGUGCCGGUGCCUUCGGGAAGGUUGUUGAGGCCACUGCAUAUGGCUUGAUUAAGUCAGAUGCUGCCAUGACGGUUGCUGUGAAGAUGCUCAAACCAAGUGCCCAUUUAACGGAAAGAGAGGCCCUCAUGUCAGAACUGAAGGUCCUGAGCUACCUGGGCAAUCACAUGAAUAUCGUGAAUCUCCUUGGAGCAUGCACCGUGGGAGGGCCCACCCUGGUCAUUACAGAAUAUUGUUGCUAUGGUGAUCUCUUGAAUUUUUUGAGAAGAAAACGUGAUUCAUUUAUUUUCUCGAAGCAAGAAGAUCAGGCAGAAGCGGCACUUUAUAAGAACCUCCUGCAUUCAAAGGAGACUUCCUGCAGUGACAGUACCAAUGAGUACAUGGACAUGAAGCCUGGAGUUUCCUAUGUUGUACCAACCAAGACAGACAAAAGGAGAUCGGCAAGAAUAGACUCGUAUAUAGAAAGAGACGUGACUCCCGCCAUCAUGGAAGAUGAUGAACUGGCUCUGGACCUGGAAGAUUUGUUGAGCUUCUCCUACCAGGUGGCCAAGGGCAUGGCGUUUCUUGCCUCCAAGAAUUGUAUUCACAGAGACUUGGCGGCCAGGAACAUCCUUCUCACUCAUGGUCGGAUCACAAAGAUUUGUGACUUUGGUCUAGCCAGAGACAUCAGGAAUGAUUCCAAUUAUGUGGUUAAAGGAAACGCCCGACUGCCUGUGAAGUGGAUGGCACCAGAGAGCAUUUUCAACUGUGUGUACACAUUUGAAAGUGACGUCUGGUCCUAUGGGAUUUUCCUGUGGGAGCUGUUCUCUUUAGGAAGCAGCCCCUACCCAGGGAUGCCAGUUGAUUCCAAGUUUUACAAGAUGAUCAAGGAAGGCUUCCGGAUGCUGAGUCCAGAGCACGCACCUGCAGAAAUGUAUGAAGUAAUGAAGACUUGCUGGGAUGCCGAUCCCCUGAAAAGGCCGACCUUCAAGCAGGUUGUGCAGCUCAUUGAGAAGCAGAUCUCAGAGAGCACCAAGCAUAUUUACUCCAACUUUGCAAACUGCAAUCCCAACCCGGAGAACCCCGUGGUGGUGGACCAUUCUGUGAGAGUCAAUUCCGUCGGCAGCAGCGCUUCUUCUACCCAGCCUUUGCUCGUACACGAAGACGCCUGAGCACAAAUCUGUCCAACAGGCUUCCCUGCUGUCUCCAUCCCCGUUCUUUCGGCUUCCAUGAUGGUUAUUUCGUUUUCCUUUGACUUGUAUCCCACUUCGGGGUAGCUGGUCCCCCCCAUCCCCACCCCACUGUGAUCCUGUCUUUACGAGCACACUUUAGUGGCUGAUGACCCCUUUGUUGCCAUCAGCCACCGUCCCACUGCGAAGGUCCGAACUGUAUGUGUAUAUAUUUUCCCAAUAGCAAAGUAGCUCCUACUGUAAACAGAACUCCUGCUUUAGAGGAAGGGAGGGUGGGGUGAAACUAGAUGCCCAGAGUUAUUUGCAGUGCUCCUCUGAGUCUGUCGGAAGGUAUGGCCAGUAGUCCAUUGGAAGAAUAAAAGUCAUCCCAUUUGGCCUAGAGAGCCCCCCAAGAUGGUGGGGAAGAUGUAGCAAGACUAGAAAGUGAAACCCAAGCCCUUUGUGUGAAAAAGUAGACCAUUAUUAGAACAGAGGACACGUGAAAACAUCUGGGCUUAAGAAAUCUAGUAGUUCAUGCUGAGAAGGAGACCUAGGCUGUGAAAGAAAAUGCCCCAGAAGCUUGAACAAAGAUGCUUUGCCGUGGGCUGCUGCACCGGCUUUUGUACAACUGACCUGGUUUUUAAAUAGAGUUGGCUGUUAGGAAUUGGAGGCAAGGCCUCCUAGCCAGCAUUUGUAUAUAUUCAUCUGUACGUAGUAUGUGUUCAUACAUCAGAGGGGGGAACCCUGCAAGCUUUAGUUUCUGUGUUCAACCCUGGCAUUAGGUCUGCCGUGUGUAAGAAUAGAUUAAGAGCCAUACAGAUUUGAAGGAAACAGUUAAUGCAUUUUCUAAAGGAAAAAUGUUGACUGCUAAGCACAAUCUUUAUAAAAACCUCUUAGCCAGUGUACUUGCUCUGUAGAUUGCCCAGAACAAGCCUCCCAGCUUCAGAGUGGCAUUGCAGCCAAGUGAACUGACACUGUUUUGAAAAGGUUAGUUACCAUUUUACCCCAUGAUUCCUGCAGGAGUGAGGAAGCAGUGCAGUCCUGGCUUGGAUUCUCACAUAGCAGGAAGUGAAAGUUAGAUUCAGCCUUUUUUAUAGGCACAUCCUGGACUUUGGGCCAGUAUCUAUAUAAGUGUGUAUGUGUGUGUGCAUGCGUGUGUAUAUGCGUGUGGAUGAGAUGUUUUGGGGACCUCAUUGCCCUGAAUCCUGGAGGUCCUCCAGUACCCAAGAAGUAACAGCUUUCUUCGCCACUCCUGUCUCUCUCCUGCCUCCCUGCACAUCGCCCACCAUCCAGAAGAGAUUACCCAAAGCCACCACAAGAGGCUUACAGGGUGGAGCGCUUAAGAAUCUAUUUAUUUGAAAUCCACCUGCACUUCUGACACUCUUAUCUAUACUCAACAUACUGUACCCAUUCCUUUGACCUUAUAUAAUGCUAUCUAUCAUUCCAGGAAAAUGUAGACUAGAAGCCUGGAUGUUACCUUGUAGUUGCCAUUCCUCCUACUCCCCAUCAUCACUGUCCAGUAUAAGCGAUAAGUGUGUACAUGGCAAGAUUUACGUGUUGUCUUGCAGGAUUCAGGUAUGUUGCCUUCACGGUUUCCCCCAGUUUUUUAUUCCUAUUUAGAGAUGUGUGGCCAUUAACCUGGAAGUGACCAUUUGCACUGGAGUUCUACACUCUCGCACCUUUCCAAAGUUAACUGAUUUGGAGGCUGUGUUGUCAUGUACGAGAUUGUCACUGUUUGCCAUACUUUGUCUGGAACAUUCCUUUGCAUUCCUAUCGACUUUGAUUAUAGUAAGGAAAGUAGCUGUUAAUUAUGGAUGUCUAGGUACUUCAGGGGCGUACCAUUGAGAAUUUGUCUUGGAUAUUCUUGAAAGUUUAUAUUUUUAUAAUUUUUUUUUACAUCAGAUGUCAGAUGUUUGUUUCAGUUGCUUGUUGUUUGGAAUUAUUUUGUGGCUUUUUUUUUGUAAAUAUUGAAAUGUAGCAAUAAUGUCUUUUGAAUAUUCCCAAGCCCCAUGAGUCCCUGAAAAUAUUUUUUAUAUAUACAGUAACUUUAUGUGUAAAUAUAUAAGCUGUGCAAGUUUAAACAUGUUAUGGUUCAUGUGUUCUUUUUUCUGAUAUAUUGUCCAAUUGUUGACAGUUCUGAAGAAUUCUAAUAAAAAUGUAAAUAUAUAAAUCAAAUAAGUUUUUCUGUUUUUUUUUUCAAAGUACAUUCACCCAGUCAGAAAGUUUUGUGCACAAUUUGUAUAAAAUACAUGUAGGACUCAAUCACACUAGGAAUUAUAACUUGAAAAUUCAGUGGACAUUCGUAAGUAAUUUUAGUGUGUGCUAUUUUCUUUAUCCUUACAAGCCAAGGUCUCUAUUUAAAUUGAGAAAUGUAGAAGAUAUUUUGAGAGUUUUCCAUAUCGCUAUGAUUAACAUUAGGUUGAUUCAUGAGAAGUGACUAUUUGUUGGCAAAAUAACAGUAAAUAACAGCAAUUUCAUGUGGUCCAAGCUAAUUCACACAGCAUGUUUUCUCCUAAAACAGAUUG